AUGUCAGUGCGAUCACUUCAUCAUCCAACGGUCCAAGCUAGUGACCAAUUUGAACAAAAUGAACUUUCUGCUAAUCAGUUUUCUCCUCUUUUCUAUUUUUGGAAAAAGUCUGCAAAAAUCAGCGUAUCAAGAAAUGCCACGGUCAUCGUCCUCAUCAGCACUGUACAUUUAUUAAUCACCCAGUGUGCCAUCAGAUUUGCCGUCCUUCUAGAUGCUGAAGGCCCUGUCAAAAUGCCAUCUCAGAAGAGAAUCAAACUUACUGCAGUUUUGGCUUCUUACAUUAGAAACAUCCAUAAGUUGUUAUGCAAUUGGUUCAAACUGGACCUAGCAAUGUACGCAGCUAUUUUGCUGUGA